AUGGACAUUGAUGGGGUCAUGGUGGCCAUGUCCAUCUACACCAGCAUUGCUGCACCACGCUGGAUUUUCAUUCGGCGGUAUACCCAGUGUAGGUCGCUCUGUACCGGUACCUCCAUACCGCACUUUUCUCAUUCCAAGACUUCGACGUCGUCGAGCGGCUCGACGUCCGCCUCCAUCUUCGCCAACUCGAGCACGUCCACGUCCUCCAACUCGUCGUCGUCUUCCUCGUCCAAGACGCAGUGCGAGAUCUGCCGCGACACGGGCGACUGCUCCGAGGCCUACAACGGCGCGGCCGGCCAGUUCUGCAACUCGUGGCUGGACUCGUCCAACACGCGCCGCGCGUGCUGCUGCCCUUCCGGUGACGUGUGCUCGUCCGACUCCAACUACGAGUGCACCUGCAGCCACAAGAGCGACCGGCCGACGUACUGGAUCUGGAUCGGCCUCGGCGUCUUCGCCGUCGGCGCCUUGAUCGGCGGCGGCAUCUUCGCGGCCAUCCGCAAGCGCCGCAUGCAGCAACGCCGUGACGAGUACCCGGCUCAAGCGCAAGCUGGCGUGGCCUACGCCCAGCAGCCUGUGUACGCCCAGGGCGGCUACGUCCAGCAGGGCUGCGCUCCUGGGACCUACGCUCAACCGGUGUAUGCUCAGGGCGGCUACGCGCAGCCCACGUACGUUCAGCCAGGCUACGGCCAUGGCGGCUACCGCGACGACUACCGCGGGCGUCGUGGAAUGGGCACGGGCGGUGCC